ACCAUCGCAAUAUAUUUGUAUUAUUGCAAUUUUUCAUAAAGUUACAAAAUUGAAUUAUUUACUAUACUGUAUUUUUUGUUUUAUCUAACCAAACCCAACAUGAUGAUCAAAAAGACAGUUUUAUUAUCAGUUUUUGUUAUUUUCAGUUAUUCCAUGUUUUCAAUCAAAGUAAGUAUAAUAUAUUUACUUGUUAAAAAUAUAUAUAACUUUAUACUUAUCUAUCUACUUAAUAUUUAUUUUGAUUAUUUAAGUUUAAUGAGUGUUUUGUUCAAUUCAGAUUUGAGUUUUAUAGUCCUACCUAGGUACCUUACAAGUUUUACCAAUAGUAUUGUUUCUAAUUAUUUUAGGCUGCCGAAAACGUUGAUACUGAAGCUGAAGCGUCGGACAAGACAUUGUUAACAAGCUUGUUUACUGUAGUUUUGAAAUGCUUUAAGGAUGCCGAUUGGGGUAAAUUUCUAUAAACAAAAACGUCUUAUUAUACAUGUACAGGAAUUAGUGUUGCUUAAGUUAAUUUAUUUGUCUUAAACUGACAAAACACAAAUUGCAUGUAUAAUUUUAAAUACAUAAUAAACAACCAGUUGUCGAUUUGACAAAAAUCAGAUUUUGCUUUUGUAUUAUAGGAUUAUUAUAGCAGGUACCUACAUUUUUGGGUUAUACGAUAUUAUUCAUGUGACACCUACCUACCUACCUACCUACCUACCUAUAUAAUUGGUAAUUCACACAGUAGGUACCUCAAAAGAUGCAGAUUUUUUGACCGGUAUAGAUACUUCAUUGGAAAAAAUAUCUAGAUUCCCAGUAGUUUUUAUAUACAAUUUUAAAAACUAACAAAUGUCAACACAUACGUUUUAUUUUUGUUGAUUUCUGGGUUACGGGAUUAAAAAAAAAGACAUACCAUUAAUUAUAUAUAUUAUUAUAAUCAAUGUCAAUACUACUCGGCUCAAAAUCGUUUUUUUACCUGCAAUGAUUUAUCAUAGUCCAUGAGCAAUAUUAACUUUUUUUUUGAUAUUAUAAUGUGUGUUAUACUACAUAGUACUACCUACUAAGCUACUACUCAUACUACCUAAUCAGUAAUUAUUGAGUAAAUGAGAUAAAGGUAAUUAUUAACACAGGUAUUUACAUAUUAAAUAGAUAAUAAUAAAAAUAAUAAUAAUUAUAUUACAGGUACAUGUGGUGAAAUGUUAACAGUUAAAUAUGAUAUAAGCCAACCCAAAUACAAAGCGUGCACGGUAAGUAAUAUAAUCUCAAUUAUUUGUUUACGAAAUUCGUGAACAACUUCUUUAGUAUGUGUUUAAAGAAAGGAGUUAGUAUUAUGCUAUUCCCGGGGAAAAUCUAUAUUCGGCUGAACGGGAUUACGAGUACCUGCUGACAAAAUCAAAUAAUAGUGUGGUGUUUUAUUCACAAGUUUAUGAAGAAUAUAGGUGCCUAAAUACUAAAUGGGUAUAUUCUAUAAAUAUACAUGUGUAUAUACUUUUAAAAAUAAAAUACAAUCAUAACACCAGAUUUCAAAUAAUUGUGCAAUAAGUUUAGUACCUAAAGGCACAAUUAAUAAUGGAUUUAUUAAAUGAAUUUUAACUUGAAUGGCCCACUGACAUAGAGUUUAUUUACAAAAGCUCAUACAAUAGAGGAAACAGAGAGCCGUUAACGAAGUAGGACUAUGAACAAGGUACUCAAUAGAGCUCAUAAUGCAAAGGAAAGGAGCAUUUUUGAGUUUUGCAAAUUAACUUUAUAGUUGUCUAUUUCAAAAUACGUUCACACUGAAAUGCACACAUUUUUAUUUUUAGUGUCACAUGGCGUGUGCUGGAGACGAGCUUGGAUUGGUAAGUCGAUUAAAUGUCAUAUUUAGAUAUUUAUAGAUUAAUAGCCCUAAACGAUUUGUCGAAUAUUUUUUUUCUAACAUGUUUUUUUGUACUUAAAAAUUAUAAUAAUUGAGGACAUAUUUCUCGAAUAGAUUAAUAAAAAUGGAGAAGGUGUACCUGCGAAAUUUUUGGAAUACUUGAACCGUACUAAAAACCCAUCCAUUAAAAAUGAAUUACAAGUUGUUUAUGAUAAAUGCCAAAAUGGUGAGUUAAAAAAAUAUGCAUUGUAUACAUUUAUACUACUUUUCGGUGCUAUAGGCACAAAUAUGAGGAAAGGGAUUUUAACCCUAAAAUCAUUAAUCAAGUAAAUACUAAGCAUACAUGAUUUACAUUAUGAGGUGCUAAGCCACUUCAAAAUACUUGAGCUAUUUGCGCCUAUACCAAUUCCAUAUAAUAAUUUCAAUAUUCUAAAUAAAUCGGAUAAUUUGUUACAGUAAAAGGUUCAGAUAAAUGUGAUCUUUCGGAGAAAUUUGCUAUAUGUGCUUUCACAGAAUCACCAGCAGUAUGUACCGAUCAAUUGUCAUUUCUAAACGAUUUAAUGAAAACUAACAAGUGGUUUUUUUUUUUUCUGUAGCUUAAGGACCGCGUAACUACACUAGUGCAAACCGUAAUGAAGAUGAAACAAAAAUAAACUUCUGUCCUUCACCACCUUUAAUUAUAUGUUUUAAUACAAGAUAAAAAUUAUUGCCUUUACGUUUAUUUCGAAUAAAAUAAAAAUAUGCAUGCCUAAAUUAUUU